UGGCGCACCUCCCAACUCAAGGCCGCGCAAGCGUGGAGUGGUAUGCAAACUUUAUCUUAUCUGUCGUCUGUACCUCAGGAUCGCGUUGCAUGGCGUGCGCGCAGACUGCUGGCAAGCAUUCCGUGACGUGGAACAAGGCAACCUUUAGCAGCACCCGACCCUGUGAUCUGACCGCUUCCGAAAACGCAGCAUCAGCACGUAUGGGACUUCCGGAACUUGGGGCGUAAAUUCAGGCCAAGGAAUGACCGCUGCUCGACGCAGGCUUUUUUCUCGUUGAAAUAACGAGCGAUGCUUACUGGUCUGCCCCACAAACAGUGCCGAACUCAACGCAGGCAACAGCACAGUGAGCACCCCUCGCCUUUGCAUAUUCUUGCCAUUGCGGACUACACGCUCCCUAUUUUUGUUGUCCUUCCUCUCAUGCAGUCAUCUCCGGACUCGCCAUUGCCAUACCUCGCUUGCUCGUUCAGCAAAGGCAGCUCCACGCAGAUAAGGUCCGCUGGCGAUCCUGUGCUGAACUUCCACGCCUACGCAGGAUUCAGGUCAAACGAACAGUCUUUAACUGCGCUUGCCACCCUAGGCAAGUGGCGCGUAGGACCUCAGGCCGCACACAGUAGGUAUGUCAUUUUUUCCAAUGCCGCAUCGAAUACAUUGUCGUGUCGUACGAAGGUAUCUACCCUACUCCAGAAGAUGAAUAACCGCAGUAAUUUUAGUGCAUUUCGAAUAUUCAGCCUUCGCCAACCGUCCACCAGUUAAUGCAUCUCGUACGUCCUUAUGUCCGUUGCACGAGCAGACCCUGAUCAUCAUACAAUGCCGGUCGUAUGAC